ACUCUAAGCUUAGUGACAUUUGCAUAUUAGCUUAAAGGUUCAAUAGAUUCUAGAUAUAAACCAAAGUCAAUGCAAGAAAAAAAAUGUCCAUAUUCUACUGUUUAUAUAAAAUAUGCAAUCCAAGUGGCUAUAAAACAUUAACACCCUAAUAAAAUAACCAUAGAUUUGUUAGAUAAAUCCAAAUUGUUAUUCAUUCAUUGUUGCAGAUCUUCCCAUUCUCCAACAGCUCAACAAGACUAUAAAGCCAGGUGAGAUGAUAGUACCUUGCUUGCGUUUUAGGCUUUUUGGGUGACGCUAGUAACACAAUGCAAUAAUUAGUCAUAAACAACGACAGCAAAUUAUUUAGCAAUGAAAUGUUUUUAAGCAAAAAGUGUCAAAAGUGCAGUGGCUAGAGUAAAUAGACGGACUUUACAUUUUGAACUAUUGGUUGGACAAAGAUGAAGAUGUGAUAUUAGGCUCUGUAGGAAUGUGUUUGUCAUUUCUCACUAAUUUCUUUAUGCAUUUCAUCAGCCUUAGGAAUUAAUCACCGAAAUUAAUAAUGUUGAAUAGAACUGGCAGAUUUAGGUGAGCUGUGUCUGAAGUCUCUCAUUGGAUGAAGUAUGAAGAGAGCUCAUGGUUUCUGUUUUGUAACACUGGCUGUUAGUUACUCUAGCAGGCACUAGCUGAGUCUGUUAAAAGGAUGAGGGGAAAAUGUGGUCGCUAUAAGACAAGGGGGAUGAGAAUUGGGGAUUUUUACAAUAACGACAACGGAAAAAAACAUUAAAUAUUUUUAAAAUAUCACUGAACAUUUAAAAAGAAACUAUUUCUAUAAUUAAACUAGCAGUAAACUGAAGAAAAAAUGCUCCAAAAAUAUUACAACAGUGUGAAUUACGCCAAUAAUGAUAAUUUCAUAUAUUCUGGCCUUCUUUUGGACUGAUGGUAAGAAAACAUCCAAAAUAGACAUCAUAUUCUAUUGAGCAUUAAUGUAAAAUAUGGCGCAGGUCUACUAAAUGCAAUUACACCCUGUUUGCUUAUUUAAAUUUUCUUUUUUUGUUCUCGAAAAAAUCUAAGAUUAAAAAUUUACUUUCAUAAAGCAACAGCCAGGGUAUCUACUGGUUGAAGUUUUUACCCAUUAAGAGUGGUGUCCAAUGAAUGUUUAUGGUAUUUUAUAUCUUUAAAAGCAGUUUUCUCUUUUUCCACAUGCUCUGGGCCAGAAAUUUCCAUUUUAGUAGCACAACAAACUUCCGAACGUUGUUGCUAUCUAUGCUCUGAGCCGUUUUACAGAGGGUUUUGUUCAUAUACUGUAUCAUUUACCUGAUGUAUAAAUUAUGCUACAUCUAAAAAAAUACAUCUAAUAUAUCUAAAAAAUAUAUAGUUUUUUUCCUUAUUGUUGACAGUAAUUUCUGAUUUAUGAGGUGGCAAAGAAAUAUUCAAUAUGGUCUCUGUAAAAACCAAAUGUCAACAAAAUGAAAUGGAUUAUUUCUAACAAAUUAGUUUUGAAUGUAACAAAAACAAAAACAAUUGUGUUCGGUUCAAAAUUACAAAUGAAACUGAGCCCGAUCUUAGACCUAAAAGUAGAUAAUGCUCCAGUGGAGCAGGUUGAAGAGGCAAAACUCUUUGGACAACACUUUCUCCUGGAACAAACAUAUAGAUAACAUAAUCACUAAAAUGGGAAAAGGCCUCUCAAUGAUAAGAAGAUGUUCGGGACAACUGGAUAUGACAAAAAACAACAAAAUCUUAAAAAGGAAAGCUACAAAAAGAAUGACACAAGCUUUGGUGCUAUCUUAUUUAGACUAUUGUCCUGUUGUGUGGUCAAAUGCUGCAUCCGGGGUGUUAAUAAAGUUACAAACUUUACAAAAUUGAGCUGCUCGAAUAGUGUUACGCUGCGAUUAUAGAACCAGCACUGAACUAAUGCUGAGUAAGCCAAGUGGUUUUCUGUGCAGGAUAGAUUUCUAUAUAUGUUAUUGUCUUUCCUUAAAAAAUUAUGUCAUCAAAACAACCUGUAAUUGUUUAUGAAAAUCUCACGUUUAGCCAUGAUAAGCAUGAUUAUUCUAAAGCGGGGAAAUUUACUUUACCUGCAGUAAAAUCAAACAGCAUUAAGAAAACGUUCAUAUACAGAGCAACGCAUGCAUGGAAUAAGCUCCCAGAAACAAUAACAAGGGUAGAACAAACACACAAAUUCAAAUCUGCAAUCAAGCUAUUUUUGAUGCAUUGAAAUUAAACAAACACAAGUGGAAGGUGUUGUGUGUGUGUGUGUGUGUGUGUGUGUGUGUGUGUGUGUGUGUGUGUGUGUGUGUGUGUGUGUGUAUUUGAGGAUAUGGAUGUGUAUAUGUGCACAAGUAUAUAUGUGUAUAUAUUUGUAUAUAAAAGUAUGUGUAUAUGUAUGUAUGUAUUUAUUGGGUUUUGGCAAUGGUUAUAAUUUUUUUUUUUAAAUGUUGCAUUCCAACUUUGUAAUUCAAAGUGACGUUAGCAUCCGCUGAACUGUUUUUAUUGGACCCCAGGAAGAAUAGCGACAGCUCUGCUGCGCUAAUGUGGAUCCCUUUCAAUAAAUAAAUAAAUAAAUAAAAUGUCUACAUAGGGGACAGAGGGACAUUUCCAGCAACCAUCCCUCCUGUGUUCUACUGAUACAUCGUGUUAGCUAAUUGAUGGGUUGAAAGGCUAAUUGAUGAUUAGAAAACCCUUGUGCAAUUAUGUUAGCACAUGAAUGAAUAGAAGUGUGAGUUUUCAUGGAACUUCAUUCUACCUAACUUACAUAUUUACACAAAUCACUUGACAAGGAAAAUUGAUACAAAAUGUAUGCAACUCUGCAUUAGGCCACAGAUGAGCUAUAACUUCUUUAUGCAGCCUGUUAUGUUUGACAAACGUACCGAAUUCUACGGCUACUGUCCCCUACAUUAAACAAGCCUAGCUACAUACUUUACACCAAAAGACUGAUUUAUGGCCCAGAAUCUCCUGACUGGUGUGGCUGACCGGCGUCACCAUUCCUGCCACUUAGCCUCGGUCUGUAAAACCUGUCACCUCCUGCGUCUUUAUUGCUCCAUUUCUCUCACCUUGCGCUGCGAGUCAUCCAUCACUGCUCACUAGACAGCCUAAUGUGUGUCGAAUGUCUCGUAGAACAAUGCCAUUAAGGUGCGUUUUGUUCCAUUAAGAAUCGUGUAACUCAAAGGUCCUGAAUCUGACAUCUUGACAUUUCCUGUGCGUCAUUUUAUCAUCCAAAAGUGCACAAAGAGGGAAAAAAAGACUACAACCACAGUGUAGAUAUGAUUAAUUCCAAUAACAUAAAUAUUGAUCUAAUUAUAGUUUUGACGGAUGAGCCAUUUUUUUAAUCAAAUCGUCAAUUAAUUAUUUAAAAAUGCCCCCACGUGAUUAUUUCCUUGACAGUUUCGAUGUUUAUGACACACCCAGCACCCACUCAGAUUAGUUAGAUAAGACUAUUAUUUGCUGUUAUUAACCCAUUAAAAUCGUGAAAGGAGCAAUCAGUUAGGCAGAAAUUUUGAGAAAUCCCAGGUUGAUUAGACUCGUUCUGCAUUGUGUAGCGGGGCUCCAGGUACUGCAGAGUGAAUGUGGGUGAUACCUAAUUAGUGGGGAUUAUCCUCACCUGCACCUCCCCAGCUCUGUGCGCAGGACCUCCCCCAGCCGUCCGUGUAUUGUCGUGCGCGCUGAGUGAAUUGUUGUUUUGCGGGAUUUUGAGUGGCUUAAAGAGGAUUUGACAAAUGUAAACGAUACGUUUGUUUUUGCUGAAAAUAACACGCACUCUUAAUCACUAAACGCAUGUAAUGACAGAAACUGUCAUGAUGACUGCUUCUAUAGAAAGAUCAUCAGCAGGAUUAAACGUGAUAAGACUAAAGAUAAUCCAGUUUUACUGCAAAAAUGAUCAGUAUCAACUUUAUGUAUUUUAAUAAAGGUUAUGUCUGAACAAAAUACACCAUAUAACAAAAUGACUAAACACACUACACUGAAAUUUAACAGCUGACACAUUAAAGCUCCAAUGUGUUUAUACUCUUGUAAAUUCCAGACUGUUUUCACACCAGGUUGUUUCCCAGGGAAACAUCUAUUAUUCUAUUAUCAUGGCGAUGCCAAUUUCGCCGAUGUGUGAGGCAGUAUUUACAUGACUAUAUACCUUCACUCCUGAAAGACUUUAAAGCUUUGUUGUCACUGUGUGUCCCUCUGGGACACUGGUGCCAUUUCCCAAACAUUUCAACAACACAAGAAGCCUCGCUAUGGCAUUCAUUACUGUAUUUCCGUAAUGUAUGACUGCCUUUAUUAAUUAUGAACCCUAUUCAAUGACUUCUGGUAAGGCCAAUUUGUGUUGUGUUGUAAAUGGUGCCUUAUUGGGUUCUGUGCAGCAGCCCGUCCCUCUUGAAAUGCCCUCACAAUAAAUCACUGCAGCACGUUCAGUUUAAAAUAAUAGCAGCUAUGCGUAAAGUCGCAGCUCUGCAGUGACCUCAGUGCGCAAAGAUGCUUGACCAUUUGUCCAGCAGCAUCAUUUUCAUCUUCUCAACUUUACCUGUAGUUUAAUAAACCUAAAAUUCAGUGGUUCUUAUAUGUAUGUAAUAUUUCUUUAUCUGUAACGUUCAUAUAUAACACAUAUGUAUGCUUCAAUUCGUGGGAAAAGCAUAGGAAUAAAGCCUGGGAACGACAGGUGAACGAAUGAAUGAGGGGCUGUUAAACUGUCUGCAUCACUUCUUUGAAGUGCACCGCCGGCUCCUAUUUGUCGAUAGGACGUGGCCAUCAGUGUCGUCGUCGACGAAAUUUCACAGUGAAACGUUACCUGCAGGACCAAUCUGUCAAUCAACGGGGCAAGACAUAAAUAUCAUCAGUCCGCAGUGGUACAACAACUUCAUUUCCCUGCUUCUCUCUGAGCGCUCACAUCUGGAAUAAGACAAACAGGCCUCUGACUGGGUUAUACAGCUGCUAUGGGACCACUGGAUCUCCACACAGCCAUGGUUCUCCUCAUGAGCUGUCAUUUUCAGCUGACAUCUGCGUGGACAGUGAGCAACUUUCUCAUGACUGGACCAAAGGCUUUUCUGACUUAUGCGAGUAGUGUGCAAGUGGGCGCCCAGCGUGGAAUACAAGAGUGCAAACACCAGUUUGCUUGGGAGAAGUGGAACUGUCCAGAGAGCACGCUUCAGCUAUCCACACACAACGGCCUCCGAAGUGCCACAAAGGAGACGUCUUUUGUCCACGCCAUCAGCGCUGCUGGAGUGAUGUACACGCUCACCAAGAACUGCAGUAUGGGCGACUUUGACAACUGCGGCUGCGAUGAUUCCAGAAUUGGACAGACAGGGGGUAAAGGAUGGAUUUGGGGAGGCUGCAGUGAUAAUGUGGCUUUUGGAGAGAAGAUCUCCAAACAGUUUGUGGAUGCGCUGGAAGAUGGACAUGACUCCCGCGCAGCAGUCAAUCUGCACAACAACGAGGCCGGCAGGCUGGCCAUCAAAGCUACCAUGAGGAGAGUCUGCAAGUGUCACGGAGUGUCUGGAAGCUGCAGCAUCCAAACCUGCUGGAUGCAGCUGGCUGGCUUCAGAGAUGUUGGAAGCUACCUGAAGAUGAAGUACGCACAUGCGAAGAAGCUGGAGAUGGACAAGAAGCCGGCGAGGGCAGGGAACACCGCGGACAACCGAGGAGCCAUCGCCCACACUUUCCGGAGCAUCGCCAGGACGGAGCUCAUUUACCUGGAGGAUUCACCGGAUCACUGUGUCAAGAACCAGAGCCUGGGACUGCAGGGCACAGAGGGACGAGAGUGCCUGAAGGGCAACAAGAGCAGGUCCCAGUGGGAGAGGAAGAGCUGCCGCAGGCUGUGCUACGAAUGCGGCCUCAGAGUGGUCCAGAAGCGCGUCGAGGUUGUCAGCAGCUGCAACUGUAAAUUCCACUGGUGCUGCACAGUCAAGUGUGAACAAUGCACGCAAGUCGUUACUAAAUAUUACUGUGCAAGGAAAGAAGGUGAGAGAAAGCAGCAAAACAAAGCAAGGCGCAGGCACCGUGCGCGCCAACAGUGACUUCCACUUGUUGCAUAGACCAUGAACUUUGCAUUCUCAUUAGUGUUCCUAAAGUUGAGCAUUAUGGACUUCAGUUGGAAUUAUUCUGCAUUAUAAGAAUGUCUGCCGCAAUUCUUCACUAUCACACGACCUUAAGCAUCUGAUGCACUUUAUCUAACUGAUAAGACUGUACAUAAAUAGCUUUUAGGGACCAGACUCUCCAAGCACUCCUUCAUGUUGGAGCUUUGGAGGGACACUUGGUGGAUUUUAGGGGUUUGUGAAAGUUGCCUAAUUACCUCCGCCAAGGAGGUUAUGUGACCCCCGGCGUUUGUGUGUCUGUCUGUCUGUUAGCAAGAUAACUCAAAAACGCCUGGGCAGAUUCACAUGAAAUUGUGAGGGGAUGUAGACUAUGGUAAGAGGAAGAGCUGAUUUAAUUCUGGUGGCAAUCCGAACAGGAUCCUGGAUUCUGGAUCACUUUGAAUUUUUUAGUAUGUUUUAAUAUGUGGUCCAAAAUAUGACAAAGACAUCAUAGGUUAGUAUGUCAUCCAACAAAUUGGAGCAAAGUGUCCAGAUAGCUCAAAUGGUAAAGAAGGUGUGUCAGAGACGCAGGUUCGAUUCCAGCUUAUGAUUUCUUACUGCAUGGGUUUCCUGUUUUCCUCUCUAUCCUUGGCGGAAGUCUGCACUCUCUGAGUGCUUUUCUAGUAUUUUAAUUUUAACUGAAAAUGUCACAAUAAUAAAUAUUUUUCUAAAUAUA